CCUAAUUAAUAUUCUCGAAUUACAGACAGUCAAUCUAGGCGAAAGGCUGGUUCGGAACAUGGCUUCACCGCUCGAAGGCUGUGUGGCUUCUUUGCGCAACAGCAUGCAAUUGCUCGAUUCAUCCAUCAACAUUCUAGAUGAAGGCGUGAACGACUUCCCGAGACUGGCCAAAGUGCUUCAGACGACACGGCACUUCGAACUCAUCUCCGAAUCCGACCUCCAAACCGCGCAGUCUGCCCUUCUCUCAGAAAUCCGUCCUGAAGUCGACAACCUCCUCAAGCGCGUGGAAAACUACCUCGACAAGCUCGAACGUCGAGAACAAUCCCUCAUAGCGAAAUGCGACCUAAAUGACGGGCGACUGGGACGCGACAGCACAGGCGGGUCUGGCACAAGACCAAGCAGCAAGGCAUCUCAGCGAAGCGGGGGAAAGGCUGUUAGUGCACAACAGGAACUGCGGUUCAAAACCUUGCGGGCAAAGAAGGACAGGAUGAGCUAUGCGGUGGAGACUUUGGAGAUGCAGGCAAAGCAGAGGGAGAGACAGCUGAGAAUGAGCAUGGCUGCGCCGCAGCAGUUCUACGAUGAUUGAGCUGCUGCGAAGAGGAGGUGGACGAUCGACUUUUAUGUGGCGUAUAGUACUUGGAGUCGAGACAGCUUUUCAGGGCUUGCGUUGGGCGUUUGUUAUUAAAGAUACCCCGGAGUAGACGAAGGCUAUCCGAACAAAGGACACGGAUUAUCAAAUCAAAUCAAAUCAAAUUAUAUACUUACAGAUUCACAUUAGGUACAUAGUAGCCUGGACACAACCUUUGAAUCUUGAACUUGAUCAAGCAGGAGCCACUGUCCACAAAAAGCAAGCUGGACAAAGAGAAC